AUAUCCCGGCUACCACUUUAUGCCUAGCCUGAUGGAGCGAGUCAAGUUGGCUUUAACGUCCUAAUAAGGGAUGCCCUCUAUAAGCGCGUUCCUAAUGUGACGAACAAUGAUUGCAACCCUAUGGUCCAAGGGAAGCUAGACGAUCUGUCAAGGCUUUUCUUCUGGAAGGCAGAUUUACAGUAGCUGCCCAACUGUGCCCUACAGCCUUUUGUUGCCUCCUAUCAUACAUAUCUGUGUCUUACCAUCUCGGUAUGGUGAAGUCGCUUUCCGAGCAAUCCCAACCAUUACUCUUUCAUCAUCACCAAGUCUCCGCUCUCUACCAUGGCCUCUCCUACUUCUUUUACAUUAUUUUAUCUACUACCUACCGAGCUGAGACUUCAGAUCUGGAGGUCGUCAUGUCACCGACGAGUUGUCGAAGUAUUUUACGACUCUGAAAAAGGCUGUUGCACUUCAACAGCACCAGUUCCCGCAGUACUUCACGCCUGUCACGAGUCUCGUUGCGAGGCCAUGCGAGUGUACAAGAAAUCUUUCGGCACAGCAUCUCAUGAACCAAGAAUAUAUUUCAGCCGUGAGAUCGACACAUUAUACAUACCACGGCCGCCGUUCAUGGGCUAUGACGAUUCAUCGAGGUCCUUCGUCAACCUAAUUCGAGAUACCGAUUGCAUCGUCAAUCUCGCUGUUGAUUACGUCCCCCCUUCUAUCAAGCGACCUUGGGAGACAUACAACAAGUAUAUCCUCAUUCAAAGCUUUCCCUUCGUAAAGGAAGUAUUCUUGGUAACUGGGAUCCUUGCUCCAUCCGACGACCGUCAUGUGGGCGAAUUGGGCUUGGCAGAUCCUACUCGCGACGCGUCCAGCUUGCACCGACUACUGGAAGAUGUGAAAACAUCAUUCUAUUACGAAACUCGUGAUCAAUUCGGAAUGUUAGACAGGGAUGCGAGCAUGGAGCCGCUUCACUUACCUCCCUUGGUAUUGAAAUCCAAGAUAUGGACGCAGCCAUAGGCACCAGUCCUCGAAGACGAGCCCCACUGCAUUGCUCACGCCGAGUCUCUAAGUUCAUGCGAGAGGCACCUUCAUGCCUGCGAGCGGCUUCGCGCCGAAAUUCCCACUUUUUCCUUAGAAGCAUACUACGAAUUGCUGAUAGCGACAUUAUUACUAUGAGUAAUCUAUAGACUGCAUCGACUUUUCUGACUAUUAAAUCGACAGCUAUCAACUCUCGGCCCACGAGGGCCAAUCUAUAUAACAUACUGGUCACCGGACUUAAACUGAUGUAUUAUUUUGCCUAAGAAAUCUAUACAGCAUCCUUGACGGCGCCAACAACGCAGCCUAACAUCUUCAAUUUCAACUUAGGUUGGGAGAGCACCAUACUUUGACCACGAUUAAAUGUGAAAAGGCUUACAUAUAUACUCUGUACAAUUGUAUAAUAUAAUAAUAAAUGAGAGCAUCAACUUCAGGCCGUGCU